GUUCCAAAAAGAAAAGAAAAGAAAAAAACUCACCUGACCAGUCUGGAAAAACCUUCGUCGCUGCUAACAGAAGUAGGCUACUUGGAUUUUCCAUCGGUGUCUCAGAUGUGCAGAAAUAUUGAAAAUGGCUGAAACUAAAGAAGUGUCAAAAACUAGUCAAGGGUUGUCUGUUGUCUGCCAGUCUGAUAUUGUAUUUUCCCAUCCUGGAGAUGAUGUCGUUCUGUCGUGUCAUCUUAAUCCGGCUGUCAGUGCUGCUUCAAUGGAGAUUCAGUGGUGGCAUAAGGAAGAUCUAGUUUUCCAUUAUAAGAAUGGAAAGAUGACAGUGAACAUAGACUUUGAGGGUCGAGUGAGUCUCCCACUGCAAGAUCUCCAAAAUGGAAAUGUGUCUUUGACUCUCAGAGACGUCAGGAGUUCACAGAAGGGUCUCUAUAUUUGUGAAGUCACCCAUGAAAGUCAGUCAAUACAAGAUACUGUUUUUCUCCAUAUCAGCUCUGAAGACUUUGGACUUGUCACUCCUGUUGGAACUGUAUCUGCUGAUCCUGGAUCAGACGUCAUCUUACCUGUUCAUCUCUCUCCUGAAACCAGUGCUGUGUCUCUAGACAUUAGAUGGUUUAGAGGGACAGAGCUCAUUUAUCAGUAUAAGAACAGAGAGGAGAAAACAAACUAUGAGAACCGAGUGAAUCUGUCCAUUCAGGAGCUGGAGAGAGGAAAUCUUGCUCUGACUUUGAGAAACUUUCAGCCAGCAGAUUCAGGAGACUAUACAUGCAAAGUCUUUCAUGAUGGAUGUCUGCAGACAGGAAUAGUUCAUCUGCAAGUGAGAGAGAUUCAGACGAGUGAUGAUCCUAGAGUGGUACAUCUCCACAGUGUGCUAAGAACAGUACAGAAAGAUAUUCUGCAACAGAAAGGACAGCUAUUACAGGAAACAUCACAUUUGCUUCAAGAUACAUUUAUUCAAGAUAAAAUGAGAGAUAAAGACUUUGGUCUCUCAGGUCCUAUUCUUGGACGUUCAAAUAGUAUGGAAGGAAUUCGUCCCCUCAUGAAAGAGGAGGACAUGUACACCAGACACACAAUCAAGAAGAGACAUGUGUUUAAGCGAAAUUUAUUUGGGAAACGUUCAAGUGCACAUGGCUGGACAGGAUGGUGGUCAAAACAGAAGACAAACAAGUGAAGGGAAUACCGCCAUUCAGCAAGUGUUGUUACAGCUAAUGACACAAAAACAGGAUCCGCUAAGAUAUAUAACAGAAGAAUCGACCAUUUUCCCUAUACAAGUGCUAGGACAUAUGCACAGAAGAACCCUGGAACAUCGGUACUUCCAAAGAUCAAGAGACAUCCUCAUCGAAUUGGGACUCCUUUUCAGCCCUGGAGUUUGAUGCCUUAGACUGGCCCACUUUAGUUCACAACUGACUAUAUUAAAAUAAUGUAAUUAAAACCUCAGAAUAUUAUUCCCUACAGCCUUGUAAUUCAUUGUAUUUUUAAAAACUUGUAAAAAUCUCUUUUCUUUAAGAUUUAGUAUUCAUAAAUAUCCAAACAUUGAAAUAAAGAAAAUAAAUCUAAU